UCUCUAAUCAAUACGUUUUCUUUUUCAGGGGAAACUGUACCUAUUUGACCGAGUUAUCAAGCCCAACUCAACACAGGAGAAGGUGUAUGAUAUCGUAGCUAAGGACAUCGUUAAAGAUGUGCUCAACGGGUACAAUGGCACCAUCUUCGCUUACGGACAGACAUCAUCGGGGAAGACGCACACUAUGGAAGGAAAGCUGGGAGAUCCGACCUGGCAGGGUAUCAUCCCCAGAAUCGUCCAUGAUAUCUUCAAUCACAUCUACAAUAUGGAGGAGGCGUUGGAGUUCCACAUCAAGGUCUCCUACUUCGAGAUCUACAUGGAUAAGAUCAGAGACUUGUUGGAUGUAUCCAAGGUGAAUCUGUCGGUGCAUGAAGACAAGAACCGAGUUCCAUCGGUAAAAGGCGCCACCGAGCGAUUCGUUUCAUCCCCUGAAGAGGUCUUUGAGGUGAUCGAAUUGGGCAAGUCCAAUCGGCACGUCGCUGUCACAAACAUGAACGAACACAGCUCCCGUUCCCAUAGUGUGUUCUUGAUCCAGGUGAAGCAAGAGAACAUUGAGAACCAGAAGAAGCUGCUGGGCAAAUUAUAUCUCGUUGAUCUGGCUGGUUCAGAGAAGGUGAGCAAGACAGGUGCUGAAGGGUCGGUGUUGGACGAGGCUAAAAACAUCAACAAAUCCCUGUCAGCGCUCGGUAACGUCAUCGCUGCUCUGGCUGAUGGAAAGACUCACGUGCCUUACCGAGACUCCAAGCUGACGCGCAUCUUACAAGAGAGUCUGGGAGGCAAUGCUCGUACCACCAUUGUAAUCUGUGCUUCUCCCGCGUCCUUCAACGAGUCUGAGACAAGAUCCACGUUAGAUUUUGGCAAGAGGGCUAAGACAAUCAAGAACUGUGUGUGUGUUAACGAGGAGUUAACAGCUGAGGAAUGGAAGCGACGUUUUAACAAAGAGAAAGAGAAGAACACAAAGCUUAAGGCCCAAGUGGAGAAGAUGGAAACUGAACUCGCUCGUUGGCGUAGCGGUGAGAAGGUCGACUCAGAGGAGCAGAUUAGCGUUGAUAUGGAGAAGUCUAUGGUGACAUCAGUGAGUGAAGAACCUAAGAAGCCAGCAGCACCUCCUAUGAGUAACGAGGUACGUGACGCGUGGGAGAAGGAGCGUGAGCAGCUGUACAUCAGCUUGGACGAAAAGGACGAAGAGAUCAACCAGCAUAGUCAGCUGGCCGAGAAGCUCAAGGAACAGAUGCUGGAGCAGGAGGAACUUAUUGCUGCUACCCGGCGUGACUAUGAGGUCCUACAGACGGAAAUGUCCAGGAUUCAGGCUGAGAAUGACUCCGCUAAGGACGAGGUGAAGGAGGUGCUACAGGCCCUUGAGGAACUGGCCCUCAACUAUGAUCAAAAGAGUCAGGAGGUGGAAAGCAAGUGCAAGGAGAACGAGACACUAAACGAGGAACUUACGGAGAAACAGACCACCUUAACAACAAUGCAGAGUGAACUACAGCAGAUGAAGGACUCGUCAGUACACCAGCGAAGGAGAAUGAACGAGAUGUUGUUUUCGCUUCUGUCUGAUCUGGGGGAAGUUGGCACAGUGGUAGGCGGCAGUGCUGGUGAUCUAUCCAUUAAGAAUUCAGGAGAUCCCAACAAACUGGAGGAAGAGUUUACCAUGGCCAGACUGUACGUAUCCAAGAUGAAGAGUGAAGUUCGUAACCUUGUCCAGCGCUGUAGUACACUUGAGAACUUCCAGGAAAACAGUGGAUUUUUGUUUAAUGGCGACUGUAACAAGAAAAUAGAUGAGUAUGAACGCGAGUUAAGUGAUUGUCGUCUCCUGAUCAGCCAACACGAGGCUCGUAUGAGAACACUACAGGACUCAAUGCACGAAGUUGAAGUCCGUAAGAGACAACUGGAGGAACAGGUUGACUCCUUGAGUGAGGAAGUGGCCCAAUUGAAGGCUGCUGAAGGCUUGAAUCAAUCAGAAGGACUGUCCAAAGAAGCUCUAGAGAAACAGAUGGAGACGCACCGAGAACUUCAUCAGAAACAGGUGGUGCAACUUAGGCUGGAGAUCAACGCCAAGCAGGCACUCGUGGAAGAUCUGAAGGACCAAAAUCAGAAGUUAAGCGUUGAACACGAGCAACUGAAAGCAGAACACAACAAACUCAAGGUUGAGGAGGCAGAGAAAAGCACACGCCUUCACGAGCUCAUUUUUGCUGGAUUUCGGUGGGCUCAGCACCUCAAUGAGGUCUCUCUUCUUCUUCACGAAACUAUUAGCUUGCGUCACUGGACUCCCAGAGGCUCGACAAGUCUUUUGAAUGAUCGACGAGAGCAGGCCCACCAUGAUCUGAAGGGACUUGAAGAUACUGUAGCCAAGGAACUUCAGACACUCCACAACCUGAGGAAACUGUUUGUCCAAGAUCUUCAGGCUAGAGUGAGGAGGUCCGCUGCAGGUGAAGAUGAAGACAUCCUGGGUGGCUCAGUGGCCCAGAAACAGAAGAUUAGCUUUCUAGAGAACAACCUCGACCAGCUGACCAAAGUUCACAAACAGCUGGUGCGAGAUAAUGCUGAUCUGAGGUGUGAACUGCCCAAGCUGGAGAAGAGGCUUAGGGCCACCAUGGAGAGGGUUAAGAUAGAGGACGAAGGAAGCGAACUUAAGUGGCACUUCAGUCUGGAGGAACAUAACGCCCAACUCCGCUGUGAAGUGCCAAAGUUAGAGCAACGGCUUAAGGCAACUAUGGGAAGGGUCAAGGCGCUGGAGACUGCCCUGAAGGAGGCGAAGGAGGGCGCUAUGAGGGACAGGAAGCGUUAUCAGUACGAGGUAGACAGGAUCAAGGAAGCAGUGAGGCAGAAGAACUUAGCCAGAAGGGGUCAAGGAGCCCAUAUUGCUAAGCCCAUCCGUACUGGUCCAGCUAGCCUGUUGUCACGUCCUGGUGCGCUUGGCAUGAUGGGACGAACUCCGACAAAUCCUCCCAUCCCCCGCCAGUUUGUUGCCUCAAACAGCUAGAUGUGAAGCCUCCCCCUCCUUCCGAUCAUCUCGUAGACUCCCCCUCCCCCCCUCUAGCAGCUACCUGGCACCAUUAGACUCAAUCGUCUCUGCUUCACGCCAACAACCUCCUCCCGUAUCAACAAUGUUUCAUCCAUUAGUUUGAGCCUUUGAGCCUUAGUCAUUGUCUAUAUAUUCGUCACGAUGUAUAAACUGCAUCCCACCCUGAGAUUGGAUGCUUCGUUCAUGUAUACCUUCUGGUUCGCACGCAUGAGUCAAUGUAUUGUGGGAGAUUAGGGACCACUUUAUACAUAUACAUAUAAUUUCAAGUUAUUUAUUAAUUAUCUAUGUAUAAACGCCUCCAGAUGUAAGGUUAUAUUCUCCAGUGUGUCUCAGUUGCUCAUGAACACACACACACACACACACACACACACACACACACACACACACACACACACACACACACACACACACACACAUUAUAUAAUUCCAAACACUAUUAUUUAUUGAUCUACCUGUUUGUAAUUAACCAAAGUUCAUUAAUAGUCAAUAUCAUCAUUAAUUGUCAAAGAAUGUCUAGAAAAAGUAAAAAUAUCAAGACAAAAAUAAAAGUUGGUAUAAAGUCUUCACGAAGUAUUUAAAAAGUGGUUCCUAUCUGUCCAUAACUUUGCAAUAUACUUUUCCCCUUAAUGAGAUAAUGGACUAAAA